AAACUGCCACAACGUAGUACUGAAUUAGCAUCCGUAGAUUCUCCACGCGAAUCAGUCGGAGUUUGUUCGUUUGGCGUGUUAUAACGCUAUUCGCGAUAUCCGUUAUCACACGAGUUAGACGCAACGAAAUUCGACGUAACGCGAAUACGGGUGACGGGUGCGAGACAGCGAGAAUAGUUACGGUGCCGAGAUGCAUCUAACGCGAACUGCACUUUAUUCCAUCAGGAUCACACUCAAUCAGAGUAACGGUUCACCUGUCUAUCGCAAGAGUGGAGUGGACCGUGGUACAGCAAGAUCAGCUCUUCUGCUCGCCACUCUUGGUGUCUCCCUCAGCAUGUUUUCCCUGAAGCAGAUGUUGGCGUCCUCGUCCCACCAGAGUCGUCUUCGAAGAUUUCAAUAGACAGUAGAGGCGUGAAGGGAGGAAGAUACUGUUAAAGGUGAUGCUGGACUGAGAGAGUGCCAAGCGAUGAUUUGAUAAAGAUUCGAUUAUUUGAAGGAUUGAGUGAAGAAUUUAUAUUGAAAUAGACCCGAGGGAAUUUCUUAAAGGACGAAACGAGAAAAUAGUUUUUUUUUGUAAUUUAAUCUACGUAACGAAAAAUUCUACGGUCAGGCGUUGAGAUCGUGUCGCGUUUUCUCUUUUUCUUGAUAUUUUCGUUGUUUUUUUAUUACUCGCGCUGUCUCUUUUGACGUUGGAUUUACGAAAACAAACGAUCUUUACUUCUUUAAGAAUUCUCGUUAUGUAGAUUUUUUUUUCUACGGGCACAUCCUUUUAUCGCCAUUGUCAAUAUUGCGUCACCGUCGUGACGUGUUGCUCGUACAGCUUCUUCUUGUAGUCGGAUAGAAACUAUGCACAAGAUUUGUAACACUGCGAAAUUUAGCUUCAUCGAAUUCAGCACCUGGUUCAGGUGGCUCAAUUAACUGUUGUGCUAGAUUGAACGAAUUUUCAUAAUAAAACCGAGAGAUGAAAUCAAUUAGACUGAUUUAAUCUAGUAUACUUUUGUUGACUGGGAAGUACCUUUAUUGUACAAAUGCUUCCUGGACUUUCUAAGAGAAAACGAAUAUUCUAAUGGCACGAUGUUCUAAAUAUUUGAAAGAGAGAAAAGAUUAAUAAUAGGUACGAUGCAGUGUCAGUCGUGCCUCAGCCAAUGCAAUAGAGAUGAGUAUGUCAAAUUUGCGACGUCCAUUUCGAAGAUUUCAAAUAUAGUCCAAAAAUUCGUUCUUAAGUUUCCGUAACUUUGGAGGUUAGAAAAAUAUUUGAAGCUUUAAGGCGCCAAGAAUCUUGUAACAAAAAGAAAGAAAAAGGAUGUGUCGAUCGAAAAUUCUUAUAUGCCAUUCUUAAUUCUUCGAUGCAAUUAAGAAAUUAAUGAUGAGACUUUUCGAACAAUUCCUUUAACAAUAAUGAAUAUUCACGAUAAUAUAUAUAAAUGCGCCAUAUUAUACACCUACAUUGAUUAUACGUUUUGUCUUAGCAUGUAAGUCUUCGAUCAUACAGUCACACUCGUAAAAACUUAAAAA